CUUAGCACGUUGAAAAAUUUGAGAGGGGAAAACAAAAAUGGCGGAAGAACAGGAGCUGCUACAGCUGGAACUCCUGUGUAAACAACUUUAUGAGACUGCUGAUGCGAAUCUCCGAACAGAGGCAGAAAAGGCCCUGGUGUCCUUUGCCAACUCUCCUGACUGUUUGAGCAAGUGUCAACUACUUCUGGAGAGAGGAAAUUCUCCUUAUGCACAACUUCUUGCAGCAACAACAUUAACGAAGCUGGUAUCCCGGCCUAAUGUAACUCUUCCAUUGGAACAGAGGAUUGAUAUCCGGAAUUAUGUCUUGGGAUACCUGGCGACACGCCCCAAGUUGGUGCAUUAUGUUUUGCAAGCCUUAGUACAGCUCUUUGCACGGAUCACCAAACUUGGAUGGUUUGAUAUACAAGACAAGGAUUAUGUAUUUCGUAAUGUCGUCACGGAUGUGACAAAGUUUAUCCAAAGUGGGUCCACCCAGCAUGUAAUGAUAGGAGUUCAGCUGCUGUCACAGCUGGUGUGUGAGAUGAAUCAGUAUAACGAGGCCGACUCCAGCAGAUCGCUGACGAAACACAGAAAGAUUGCCUCCUCGUUCCGUGAUCUCCAGUUAUUUGAGAUCUUCCAGUUAUCUUGUGAACUGUUACAAACAGCUGCUGGAAAUAUAAAGAGCAUGGAUUUUUCUGAUGACUCACAGCAUGGGUUGAUUUCACAUGCUCUACGCUUGGCUCGCAACUGUCUGACCUUUGAUUUCAUCGGCACUUCUACAGACGAGACGGCUGAUGACCUCUGUACAGUUCAAAUCCCCACAGGGUGGCGAUCAGCUUUCCUGGACGGAGCCACUAUGGAGCUGUUCUUCAGUCUGUACUCCAGCCUUCCCCCCUCCCUCUCCUCCAUUGCCUUGUCAUGUCUUGUACAAAUAGCAUCAGUUAGACGAUCAUUAUUCAACAACACAGAGCGUGCCAAAUUUCUUAAUGAGUUGGUGACAGGAGUCCGGAACAUAUUGGAAAAUCCACAGGGUUUAACAGAUCCUAGUAACUACCAUGAAUUUUGUCGACUCAUGGCAAGACUAAAGACAAAUUACCAGUUAGGAGAACUAGUAAAGGUUGUGAAUUAUCCAGAGCUUAUCAAACGGAUUGCGGAGUUCACGGUCACAAGUCUAAGGCAAAUGUGGCAGUUUGCCCCCAACAGCGUCCACUACCUGCUCAGUCUGUGGCAGAAGAUGGUGGCUUCAAUGCCGUACGUCAAAGCCAAUGAACCACAUUUACUGGAGACGUACACGCCGGAAAUCUUCAAAGCCUACACCAUGUCACGGCUAGAAUCUGUCACUGUCGUUAUCAAAGAUGGAUUAGAAGAUCCUCUAGAGGACCACGGGAUGAUAAACCAACAAUUAGAUCAGCUGUCCACCAUUGGGAGAUGUGAAUAUGAGAAGACAUGUGGUCUCCUGGUACAGUUAUUUGACGAGGCAGCGCAGAGAUACCAAGAGGCAAUCAACUCGGGAACACAAGGGGUAGAGGUUACAAUGCAGGAAGGUCGGUUAUCGUGGUUAGUGUACAUUAUUGGAGCUGUGAUAGGGGGACGGAUUUCGUUUGCCAGUACUGAUGAACACGAUGCCAUGGAUGGGGAGCUAGCUUGUAGGGUGCUACAAUUAAUGAAUUUAGUAGACUCCAGAAUAGCACAGUAUGCAUGUGAAAAAUUAGAUUUGUCCAUCCUAAGUUUUUUUGAGCAAUUCAGAAAAAUUUAUGUUGGUGACCAAGUUCCUAAAAUGUCUAAGGUUUAUCGACGUUUAUCAGAGGUGUUAGGAUUAAAUGAUGAAUCUAUGGUACUGAGUGUUUUUAUUGGUAAAAUAAUUACAAACUUAAAGUAUUGGGCCAGAAGUGAACAAAUAACCUGGAAAACAUUACAGCUGCUGAAUGAUUUGUCUGUAGGAUACAGUUCUGUUAGAAAACUAGUCAAAUUAGAUGCUGUACAGUUUGUGUUAAGUAAUCAUACGAAUGAACACUUUCCAUUCCUCGGUUUGAACACGAACAAUCGAUCGUUCGCAGACAUGCGAUGUCGAACCACCUUUUACACAGCAUUAGCUCGGCUUCUAAUGGUGGACCUUAGAGAGGACGAUGAAGACAAGUUUGAAGAGUUUAUGAUUCCUUUAACAUCUGCUUUUGAGUCCGUGGGUACAAUGUUAACCAAUAUGGACACACCUCAGAAAGAGGAUGAGGCCAAGAGAGCUGUCGUGGGAUUGGCCAGAGAUUUGAGGGGCGUGGCAUUUGCCUUUAACACAAAGACAAGUUAUAUGAUGUUUUUUGAUUGGAUGUAUCCUUCAUAUACCCCCAUUCUUCACCGAGCCAUAGAGGUAUGGUACCAUGAACCAGCUGUCACAACCCCGGUGCUGAAACUGAUGGCUGAGUUGGCUCAGAGCCGGUCCCAGAGACUAUUGUUUGAUGUAUCCUCCCCCAACGGGUACCUCCUCUUCAGGGAGGUCAGCAAAAUGAUUGACAGCUAUGGAUCACGAUUAUUAACAAUAGGAGAAGUUCCGAAAGAUCAAGUAUAUCCCAUGAAAUUAAAAGGUGUAUCUGUGUGUUUCUCCAUGCUGAAGGCAGCCCUCUGUGGUAAUUAUGUCAACUUUGGCGUGUUCCGUCUUUAUGGCGACAAUGCGUUGGACAAGGCCUUUGGAAUGUUUGUUAAACUCCUUCUCUCUGUAUCCCAGAGAGACCUCAUGGAUUACCCUAAGCUGAGUCAGAAUUACUACAGCCUACUUGAGUGUUUGGCAAAUGACCACAUGGCCUUCAUCAGUAGUCUAGAGCCACAAGUCUUUCUGUAUAUCCUAGCCACGAUAUCGGAGGGCCUUACUGCUUUAGAUACAAUGGUUUGUACUGGCUGCUGUGCCACUCUGGACACUGUCAUCACUUAUCUGUUCAAGAAUCUUACAAUCAAAAAGAAGAAACGAAAUCACAUGCAGCAACAUGAAGCUUUUCUACGAAUCCUUGAAGUUCAUCCUGAAAUCCUUCAACAGAUGCUGUCCACUGUACUUAACAUUAUUAUGUUUGAAGAGUGUCGAAAUCAGUGGUCCAUGUCAAGGCCCUUACUAGGGCUGAUUCUGCUUAAUGAAGAAUAUUUUAACAAGUUGCGGGACAGCAUAAUUGCAAGCCAGCCCCCAGAUAAACAACAGACAAUGGUGCAGUGUUUUGAAAAUCUGAUGAGUGGAAUAGAGAGGUCGCUGCACACCAAGAAUCGAGACAAAUUCACACAGAACUUGUCUUUGUUCAGAAGAGAUGUGAAUGAUUCUCUGAAAGCCCCCAAUGGCCAAAGUCCCACAAAUUCCACACAGUUCCUGGACAUGAUGAGCUAGUACAGGGAAAAUUCUGUAAUCAUGUGACUUCAUCCUCUUAUCAUGUGACAAAGUGAGCCAAUUGGAUGUGAUCCUCUUAUCAUGUGACAUAUGAGCCAAUCGGAUGUAUUCUCAGUGACAUUCCUGCUCAUGUGUGCUGAUUUUGGUGAAUAGAAAAAUGUAAAAAAGCAAUAUAAUUGGUUUGUGUACUUAAAACAUUUAUGUAGGGGUGAUAUAGGUGCAUGAAAGUGCUAGAAUAAUAUCAAUUUUGGGUGAGAAUUUUGUUGUGAAUGGAUGCUGCAUCCUGAAAGGAUGACAAACUACUAGUGGUUUAACUGUGUUCUGCUGUGUGGAUCAGGGAGUGCUGACUUUAUUGUUAUGGGUUUUUAUUGAUGUUAUAGUGCCAUGUUGGGUACUAAUGCACCGCAUGGUGUGGAAUAAAAUUUCAAACUGAG